AUGGAGAAACUCAAAGGUCCCGGCGUGGGAUGCUCCAGAUCCACCUGUGGGUGGAGAGCCCUGCUCCUGCCCCAGCUCAACAGACAGUCGCUGUACGUCUACGGCAGCGAGGUGGCCGUGGAGAAGGAGUGCGUCCGCCAGCUGCAGAGCGGAGUCUUUGUCAUUCACCCGUUCAGCCUCAUGAGGAGCUACUACAUCAUGUGCAUGAUGGCCAUCACCUUCCUGAACCUCAUCGGGAUUCCCAUGGAGAUCGCCUUCCUGGACGGCCAUAGCGGCCUGGCCUGGGAGAGCUUCAACGUCUUCUCCGACACCCUGUUCCUCAUCGACGUGGUCCUGAACUUCCGCAUGGGCAUCAUCCCCGAGGACGCCGAGGAAGCUAUUCUGGACAUCAAGCGGAUCCGAGUCAGCUACCUGAGGACAUGGUUCAUUCCAGAUGUUAUAGCAGCUUUCCCAAUCGGAUACAUUCUCCUGUUUGCGGACCUACAUUACCAAAAUGAAAACAACCCCUCCAAGACCAACAAGAUGAUGAGGAUACUGAUGUUUGUGCGCAUCCUCAGCUUGAUCCGACUGGCUCGGGUCUCCAGGCUGGUCAGGUUCUUCAACGAAGUGGAGAAAGUGUCAAACGCAAACCUGGAGGUGGUGCGGCUGUUCUUCCGCAUCUUGUCUCUCUUCAUGAUGAUCUUUUUGCUGUGCCACUGGAACGGCUGCAUCCAGUACUUUGUGCCCAUGCUGGAGGAAUUUCCCACCGACUGCUGGGUCAGGAAAGAGAAUCUGAUGAAUGCGACGGUCAUCGUAAAAUACUCCUGGGGAGUUUUCCGAGCACUAUCCCAGAUGAUAGCUCUCUCUUAUGGCUCCAUGGACGCUCCCACAAAUUAUGUGGAGAUGUGGAUCGUGAUGGUCAGCAUGGUGUCCGGCUGCCUGAUGUACACCGUCCUGGUGGCUAACGCCACAACCAUGAUCGCCAACGUUGACCCGGCAGCCAAAGAAUACAAGAGCAAGAUGAGCCGUUUGGAGCAUUACAUGGCCUUCAUGAAGCUCCCGCCCGAGUUGCAGCUCCGCAUCAGCAACUACUACCAGGCACGUUACGGAGGGAAGUGGUUCAACGAGAAGGACGUCAUGGACGUAGUGUCCACAUCACUCAAAGAGCAAAUCGUGACGGUGAUGUGCGGCCGGCUGCUGAAAAAAGUGCCCAUGUUUCAGAACAGGGACGAAAACUUCAUCAACGCCAUCCUCCUCAAGCUGGAGUACGAGGUCUUCCAGGAGGGCGACGUCAUCGUUCGGCAGGACGUCCCCGGCGACCGCAUGUUCUUCAUCGACCACGGCGAGGUUCUCAUGGAGAUGGACUCCUACGAGAGGGAGCUCUGUGACGGAGACUUUUUCGGAGAAACAUGUGUGCUGACCAAAGGCAAACAUCUGGCCACGGUGAAGGCGAUAACCGACUGCCAGUGCUUCUCUCUGUCCUGGGAUGACUUCCAGGACGUGCUUCAGGGCUUCCCAGAUGUCAAGAAAGACGUAGAAAAAAUGGUCCAGCUCAUCUCCGAAGAUGAACUCAUGUGA